UGUCUUUAAAAGGGUUAUAUAGAGCAGAAUGUGAACAGAAUGAUUACGAUUUAUGUUUUGCAUCCAUCAUCUUCGCUUAUUACUCAUUGUAUCAAGAUAGGAUAAAUCUCUACUCUUUUUACGAGUGACACUUUAGGACUGACGUUGAUUCAAGCUUAUCCGUGUUUAGUCGGUUGCUUCCAGUCACGCUCUGCGUGGCAACAAAGGGCACAUCUUUCUAUUUUUCCAGCUCAGAUGGACGGAAGAGCACCACCGGCAGCGGAGAACCGGACUCCUGGAACUCAAGGCACAUGCGUUACGCACCGGAGGACGAGGCGAAAUUGAAGAGAGGCGAAACAUGUGGAGAGGAACGUUCAAAUGGAGACUAGUUUUAUUCAAGCAGCGGAUAUCAGAAACGCGCUGAUUCACUGGAUGUAUUACUGUUUAGUAAGGAUAUCAAACUGUUGCCGUAGGCACCCUACUGCCAGACUCAACCUCAUCGUUGCCAGUGCAUGUUUUGUGUACUUCGUUUUUGCACUUCACCAAGUGGGGCACACAGUGAAUUAUCAGGACCGCAGGCCCGACAAGUCCCAACGAUACCGGACUGGAAGAGGUGUAUACUCUGUCCUUAAUGAUGACCCGCUUGCGGCACCCGAACCUCCAACAGCACAAAACCCUGGCGUCUUGUCACACCCAACGAGAUCCAACGUAGUCUACAUAACGCUGAGAACAAAACGCCUGAAGCCAGCUAUUAUACGGGGCACAGUGCGACCAAAACUACGGAGAAAAACUGGAAAGAAAGUAAAGUAUUGGGACCCGAGUGCACUGGAAGCCACGAUUGACAAAGCGGGACGGGAGGAAAGGCGAGAAAAGCAUGGUGAUGAAAAUGACAUCGCUUGGAGCCAAAUUGGAAAUAUGGGUUUUGACAGUAACAUGCUUGAAAAGUUGAAUACAGUGGAUGUAGUUAGUUCCAUUAGGAUUUAUAGUGAAAAAGCACCGCCUUGGUUCAGCAAAGAUGACAUUGGUGCUAUGCGCCUUCUCGCUGGGAAUACAAUUACGCGCAUCUCAAAGGUGCAAUCGCCAGAAUAUCAGCCUUUGGUACUCUUCGAAAGCACCGUUGACGGAUUCCGGAGUCUAACACACAGUCGCAAUAGCACGGUCAAUGACCGGGAAUGUCGGGGUCGUUGCGGUGUCAUCAAACGAACCGUUGACAUGUGUGAAGUAUUCGCUUUUCAUUUGGACAGAGUUUUGAAUCUGAAUAUGAGCUUGCCAGCAGUUGGCAGGCGAUUUCAGUACCUUGAAGGCGGCCAGCCUUGUCCCGUUGUCUUAUUGGACCCCUCCCUCAGAGCUGUGGGGAACCCCACCCAGCCCCCCCACCGCCUGACCUGGGGUUCCUAUCAGCGCCUCCUCAAGCACCGCUGCUGGCACAAGGGGGUCCCCCCAAAACCAGAGUUGGGGUGCACAGGCAUACAUCACUAUGAGUGGAGCAAGCUGGCACUCUUUGACUUCCUGCUUCAGGUAUAUGGACGUCUGGACAGGGGCUGUUGCGGGUUCAGACCCAGGCCCGAGGACUCGUGUGUGCAGCUGGGUCACCACGAGAACUGUGCCGACCCAGACGGUGCCGAACUCGCCCACAUUGUCCACCGCCCGCGCGACCCCAGACACCUGGUGUUCGUCAACAACAAAGGCUUCUUCGACCGAGACUUGGACAACCUGGACUUCAAGCUCCUGGAGGGAAUCAAGGAGCUCCCAGACCAGGCGGUGUCUGUGUUGAGAGGGCAACAUCUGAGGGAGAGGCUGCUGCAGUCUCUGUUCCUGGAUCAGGUGUACUGGGAGAGCCAGGGUGGCCGGCAGGGCAUCGAGAAACUCAUCGACGUGAUCGAGAGGCGUGCCAAAAUUCUGCUCACCUACAUCAACGCCCAUGGGAUUAAAGUCAUCCCAAUGAAGUAACAAGGACCCCAAAGACACACCCACACACACAGGCGUACACACACACUGUUGUUCACACGCUGUAGUGCCGUUUACAAAGGACACACUCCUACUUUUUGCCUUUCAACAUAUCUGCAUAUUCUGUCCUGACGUCUGCCAGUUUUGUUUGCAUCAGCCGAACUCCAGCUCAUCUUCUCCUGCUGUGGCUAUUUGCUCAUCUUCUCCUGCUGUGGCUAUUUGCUCAUCUACUCCUGCUGUGGCUAUUAGCUCAUCUACUCCUGCUGUGGCUAUUAGCUCAUCUUCUCCUGCUGUGGCUAAUGGCUCAUCUCUGGCCUGAAUCUAGGCUGUCUGUGUCUGUGAGUCAGCUUUACUAACUACACCCACAGUGGUUCAUUACUCCUGCAUAUUCACUAAGGAAGAGUCUGUCUUCUGCAUUUCAGAGUUGACUUCACAUAUUUACCAUCACUGUUUUGUUUUAUACUAUCGGCCAUAUUAAGCCAUAAAGCAAACAUAUCAUCAUUUUCUACAGAAAUCACUUGAAACCACAUUUAUAGCCAUGUAACAGCAUCACCAUAUAACAUUCAUAUGAUCCCUAAAACUGGCAGCAAUUCAUUGUGUUUCACAGAGUUCUAGUAACUCACAUAUUUUGACGCCGUCGUGUCAUUCUCCAUGUUUGGGUUUGGAUGGUCCACACAAAGCUCUUCAUAGACGCACUGCUCUAAGACAUGUCCUUUCAUUUCAAUCAGAUAUCAUAAAAUCAUGACACAACAUGCAGGUAAAAAAAAUGAAAAUGCCAUUGAAACUGGUCUGUUUUGCCUUUUGCUGAAAGUGGUCCUGAAAGUAGGUUCUAAUUAUUUAUUUUUGUACAAAUUUGAGUCAUUUGAGUGUGUAGAGCAUGGGGGUGUCCGUGCUCCUGUCUCCACUGUAAGUUCAUGUAGGACUGGAAGCGUUCGCUGGUAGCCCGUGACACAAGUCCUGUUAAUAUGACACUUUCAUGGUUGAUGAACUAUGAUCGUAUUUUUAGUUGAAGUAUCCCUUUGAAUGUUGAGCCAUGGACAGGGGGUUUCCAAAAAGCUGAGAAAGAAUUGGUGAAGCCAGCCACUUGUGAACAUGAUCAGUUGUACAUGGACCAAUAAGAAGUUAUGUAGAAAUGACACCCAAAUGUUUUGCUGUUGCUGUCACUUAAAAUAUCAAUAAAAUGUCCCUUUUGUCAUGGGUGUAAAUAAAAUCAAAUAAAAAUAUAUAUAUUAAUAUAAA